UCUCCCUUCCACUGCCGCUCACCAAAAAAUCUCAGAGAGCGAGCGAGCCAGUGAGAGCUCAGAGAGAAAGAGAAACCGAGAGAGAGAGAGAGAUUGGGGUUCCUUUCGACGGUGUUUUUCCCGAGAAGAACCUCGGAUCGGAGCCCAAACCCGGCACCCUUCCUCCGUUGAGCUCCAUUCCUCCGGUUUAUCCGAGAGAAAAUCCCAUCUUUCGCCGUCUUCUCGCCUCCCUUCGCCCAUUUCCCAUCGACCCGAGCCGGAACUCGCUCGGAUUUCUUCCAUCUAGUUUUCUGUUCCUGUCCUCUCAGUCGAAUUCUGCAGUAUGUGCGAUCUCGAGGCCUUUCCGCCCCUCCAAAGCGCCGCGGAGAGGCAGCGUGGGAGGUCGUCGACGUCGACGCCGUUCCCAUACCGCAGCAUGGCGGGAAUCAGUCCUGCGAGUUGGAAGCAAGCAGAGGAAAAGGCAGAGGAGAUCAUAAGGAGCAUUCAGCCGACCCAGGAAGCCGAAAUGAAAAGGUGGUCUGUGAUAGAACAUAUACAGAAGCUGAUAAAGACUAAAACUGAUAGCGAGUCUAUGCAAAAUCCACAGGUAUUUCCAUUUGGAUCAGUUCCAUUAAAGACAUACCUUCCUGAUGGGGAUAUUGAUCUGACUUUAUUUUAUGGUCCAAAUUCUGAUGGGAAUUUAGUCCAUGAUGUUUUGUCUAUCAUACAAGCUCAAGAGAAUAGUGAGGAUGCCAGGUUUGAAAUAAAGGAUGUGCAGUACAUCAAUGCUGAGGUCCAACUUGUUAAGUGCCUCGUUCAGAAUAUUGGAGUAGAUAUCUCAUUUAAUCAGAUUGGUGGACAGUGUAAACUGUGCUUCCUGGAGCUGAUUGACAGGAAGCUUGGGAAGGAUCAUCUCUUUAAAAAGAGUAUCAUAUUGAUUAAAGCUUGGUGUUAUUAUGAAAGCCGCAUCCUUGGUGCUCCCUAUGCCCUGAUAUCUACAUAUGCAUUGGAAACAUUGGUCCUCUAUAUACUCCAUCUCUUCCAUGAAACUCUAACUGGUCCUUUAUCGGUUCUGUACAGGUUUUUGGACUAUUUUAGCAAAUUUGAUUGGGGCAGUUAUCGCAUUGAUUUACACGCUGUGGCAGCAGAAACAGAUGGUGAUUUAUUGCUUACCAAGGACUUCCUUAAAAACUGCAUGGACUUGUUUUCUGUAAGCCCAAGGGACUGUGGAAGCAGCUCUUUGGACUUCCCUGAGAAGUGUCUAAAUGUGGUAGAUCCGCUGAAAGAAAACAAUAAUCUGGGAAGAAGUGUAAGCACAGGAAAUCUUAAACGCAUUCGCGGUGCAUUUUCAUAUGGUUCUCACAAACUUAGGAAGAUACUGUUGUUACCUCGUCAUCUUAUUGCUGAUGAACUUAGUACAUUUUUCAUAAACACGUUGCGGAGACGUGAGAGGGGAGAAAGGCCUGACCUGCAUGAUGCCUUUCCCAUUGUUUCAGAUGCCUCCAUACACCUUGAGGAUGCAUAUUGCCUGCCCAACUUUACUAGAGUGGAAGUGGAUGCUUCCUUAGAACAAAAUAUUGUCAGCAAUAAAACCUCAGUCUCCAUAGCCAUAAGAGAAAACCUCAAGGCUUCAACAUCAACCAGUGCAACAGAUUGCUCAUUGGUGACUAGAAUGGCAAGUUGGAAUGCAAAAACGUGGCUGGCUGAUCUUGCUGGGGAUAUCGACCUGCACUUGAGAAAUCUUCAUCAAGCUCAGUAUCAUCUGGAUUUCAAGUUUACAGAGUCUGAACUUCCGGUUCAUAUUCGCCGGAAAAUGUUCAUUCAUAGGCACUCGGAAGUACCGGUCUUCUGGCAGCCAGCUACUUCCACCCCUGGUAGUCAGCAAAUGAGCAAAGAGGAUGAGCCAAAGCAGCAUAGAACAGGAACCUGCAUCCCAGAAACGACCUACCAUACCUACAGGGAGCGGUUUGCAGUGGGGAAACUGAAGGUGCCACUGACAGCUCGUAAAAACGAUCAUGAGGUAACAACAUCCAGUGACGCAAAAUUGCCGGAAAGAGGAAGUCAGGAGGCAUCUCCAUGGAUACAAGUUCUUGAGUCUGGUGGUGAAGGACAAUGGAGACCAGUUCAGGUGGAUCUUCCCGAGUCUUCACGCCCCUCGGUGAGGGAUUAUUGCCAAGCCAAUGGCCUCACAUUGCAACAGGAACUGAGGCCUGAGGGUGGUUCCUUGGCACCUGUUCCAUUAUUAGAAUUUUUGCCCGAGGUUUGGAAGAGGUUCAGUAUCGACAGACCCCAAGGUCAGGGUUCUGUGACAAGUUCGACGAGAUCUGAAAUGGCUCCAACAACGCCAGAGAGGUAAUACUUUCCAGUUUCCACCAACUUUAGCUUUUAUGAUUACACUAAGCGUGGAAUUUUGGGAAAAGUUGCACUAGGAGAUGGAUAAAUAGCAGGAUAACAUGGUAAACACAAUCAAGAACACCUGUUCACAUAUAAACAAUGGGCCUUUGAUUUAUCUUAUCUUUAAAACCAUUAGUUCACCUUAUAAAAUUUUCAAAUGAAAUAUAUAUUAGCACAAGAUGCUUGAAUAUAAUACCAUAUCACAUGGUGCUUCAUGGAAGCAAUCUGUCAUAGCCUAUGAAACUAUCUUGCAGUUUUACUAGAAGAGAUCUGAUAUAAAAAAUUGUCAAAAUCUUUUUCCUUAAUACUGUGAAUUAAACAUGCAGGCCUACCACAACCUUUCAACUCCAAGAUGAGUGUGACUUUCCCCCUCUCUCUGGCUAAGGCUUUUAUUUUUUUAAGGGAAAUUUCACAUAUACAGAGAUAGAACAAACAUAGCAAGAAAGAAAAUUUUAACCGAUGGGAGCAUACUUGGCUUGUGGUGGUGUAACAAUCGUCGUUCUCUGAUAGCUGUGGUGCAUCAACUUUCUCCAUUACAUUCUAAUAAUUCUCUUGUUUCAUAUCCUUCCAUUCUUCCCACCCCAUUAGGUGGUUACAAACAAGCCUCUUUUUUUUGGGUUUCUACACCCACCCCCCCCACCUCCUCCAGCAAAAAUGCGUGGUUGAUACAGUGAGGUUACCUUUCGAUGUAUUUAGGUGGAAAACUGGUUGGAAACUAUAGUCUGAUAUCUUCUUGUUACAUUUUUCAUAUACUAGAGAGAUCCUUUCCAAAA